ACGCUACCCUAUCUCCUCUCAGAAGCCUCUGUAUGUGUGUAUAUGUCUAUUAGCAUUGGCUACUCAGUAUCGAUCGAUCAAGGAGAUCAUUGAACAGACCGAUCUGAUCGAUGGAUCUUUUCGAAACUUGCACGCUUUACAUCGCCAUCCUCUAUGUCUCCCUCUCUCUCACCAUCUACCUCGUCCGCAGACAUAAAUCAGGAGCUGAUGGCACAGCCCUUAAUCUUCCACCUGGCAGGAUUGGAUGGCCAAUCAUCGGGGAGACCCUGGACUUCGUCAUGGCUGGUCGCAACGGCACCCCCGAGAAGUUUGUCACAGACAGGACCAGCAGGUACUCCUCUGACAUCUUCCGAACCUCUCUGCUGGGCAUGGGUGACGUGGCCGUGUUCUGCGGAGCUUCCGGCAACAAGUUCCUCUUCUCUGGUGAGAACAAGUAUGUCACCUCGUGGUGGCCCCGCUCCAUCAAUAUGGUCCUGGAGUUCCCCGACCCCGAGGCUGUGGAUAUGGAUAACUUCUACAAUAGCGACGCAGUCGCCAAGAGCCGGAGCUUCAAUCUCGAGUUUGUCAAGCCUGAAGCGCUCCAGCGUUACAUACCCAUCAUGGACUCCAUGGCAAAGCAGCACCUGGAAGCUGAUUGGGCCCCAUAUGGGGAAGUCAGGGCUUUCCCACUGUUAAAAAAGUACACUUUUGCCUUGUCCUGUCGUCUCAUAAUGAGCAUCCAUGAUCCCGCGCACCUCGCCAGGAUUGAGCACAAUUUUGCUCUCGUCACCGCUGGUCUCUUGUCGGUGCCCAUAAACUUCCCAGGGACUGCUUUCAACAAGGCGGUUCAAGCAGGGAAGAGCAUGCGCGAGGACCUGCUGUCCAUUAUAAACUGUCGGAAGAAGGAGAUUGUGGACGAGAAGGAUAUAGUGGUGAAGGACUUGCUUUCCCGGAUGCUGUUGGCGAAAGAUGAGAGUGGCCAGCCAAUCAUGAAGGAUACCGAAAUUGGUAAUACGAUCAUUGCAAAUCUCAUUGGAAGCCACGGCACGAUCAGUACUACGAUAACGUUUGUGAUGAACUAUCUUGCUGAGUAUCCUGAUGUCUACAAGCAAGUCUUGAAAGAGCAGACGGAAAUUGCGAGGAGCAAAGGGCCCGAUGAGUUACUCAACUGGGAUGACGUACAGAAGAUGAGGUACUCCUGGAUGGUUGCCUGUGAAGUCAUGAGGCUUUGCCCCGCUGGUCCAGGCGGCUACCGAGAGGGAUUGCAUAUAUUAAUAAUCUGUGUUAUAGUUAACACGGAUCAUGCAUUCAGACUCACUGGACUCCAUACUCGACGCACAAGGACCCCCAAUACUUCCCUGAUCCGGAAAAGUUUGAUCCCUCAAGAUUCAAGGGGAGUGGACCUGUGCCGUACACUUUCGUACCCUUUGGAGGAGGACCUCGAAUGUGCCCAGGGAAGGAAUAUGCCAGGGUACUGGUGCUUGUUGUCAUGCACAAUCUGGUGACCAAUUUCAGAUGGAAGAAAACCAUCCCCGAUGAGAAAAUCAUCUACAACCCUUUCCCAGUCCUCGUCAGUGGUCUCCCUAUCCGCACUGAGCCUCAUGCUUAAGCCAAGGACAGUAUGUUAUGUGAUUCGGUUCGUUAUAUAUAUCAUGUACGGCCCGCAUAUUUGUGCUUCAUGCAUGUAAAACUCUAGGAUUCCUCUUAAGCUGUCAGUCUCUCUUUUUUCUGCAAUGCAAUAAGACACGAAGGUCAGUUCAAUAAUUUCAUAGACUCAUCAUUAAAGUAAGCGAAUUCGAGUACUACGGUAAUAAUUAUGUACAAAUAAUGUCAAAAGUCAUUCUUUUUUAAA